GUGGCAUUGAGUUUUUUUUUUUUUUUUUAAACGCUGAUACUGGGAUGUUUGAUCACGCAGCCUUUAGAAGAUGGGAUGGCAAGAGCGUGUUAACAGCUGUAUAUAGCUCAGGGGCCUUUGUCAUUCCGCAGAGCUCCCACAAAGUCUAAUUCCUGCCAAUCGGAGCCUCCAUCUCUGGCUGGUUGCUCCCGCUUUCUCUCCCCGCCGGAAUCUUCAUCGCUUCCUCUCUCCUCGUCCCAUGCACUAUUUCUAGGGUUUCACGGAGCUGCUCCACUUUCACAGUCAUGUCACGUCAGACCCCCACCUCCGCCUUUAUCAAAUCCAAGACCCUUGACAAUAAAUAUAUGCUUGGAGAUGAGAUAGGGAAAGGAGCAUACGGUCGAGUUUACAAAGGUUUGGACCUAGAAAAUGGGGACUUUGUUGCAAUUAAGCAAGUUUCUCUGGAGAAUAUUGCUCAGGAAGAUCUCAACAUCAUCAUGCAAGAGAUCGAUUUAUUAAAGAAUUUGAACCAUAAAAACAUUGUAAAAUAUCUUGGAUCCUUAAAGACAAAGACUCACCUUCACAUCAUUCUUGAGUACGUGGAGAAUGGCUCACUUGCUAAUAUUAUCAAGCCAAAUAAAUUUGGACCCUUUCCAGAAUCAUUGGUUGCUGUUUAUAUUGCUCAGGUAUUGGAAGGCUUGGUUUACCUACAUGAACAGGGUGUCAUCCAUCGGGAUAUCAAGGGUGCAAACAUAUUGACAACCAAAGAGGGUCUAGUCAAACUUGCUGAUUUUGGUGUUGCAACAAAGUUGACUGAGGCUGAUGUUAAUACUCAUUCAGUUGUUGGAACUCCAUAUUGGAUGGCUCCAGAGGUUAUAGAAAUGUCGGGGGUUUGUGCUGCUUCUGACAUUUGGAGUGUCGGCUGUACUGUUAUUGAACUCCUUACAUGUGUGCCUCCGUAUUAUGAUCUACAGCCUAUGCCAGCUCUCUUUCGUAUUGUUCAGGAUGAACAUCCUCCAAUUCCUGAUAGCCUGUCUCCUGAUAUCACUGAUUUUCUGCGUCAAUGCUUUAAGAAGGAUGCUAGACAAAGGCCUGAUGCUAAGACGCUGUUAUCUCACCCAUGGAUACAAAAUUGUAGACGUGCGCUGCAGUCAUCUCUUCGACACAGUGGAACAUUAAGAAAUAUAGAGGAAGAUGAUUCCACAGAUGUAGCAGCUUCUGGUGAUGAUCAGAAGAGUGCUGGUGAAGGCUCAUCUGUGGAGAAAGUGAACCCAUUGAAAGACUUGUCAAUUGAGGUUGUUGGUGGCAGCAAACAUCACGAGGAUGUAGGUUCAGAUUCUGAUUUUCUGAUUGAGAAAACAGAGAAGCAGGAUGAUGUGUUUUCAGAUCAAGUUCUCACUUUAGCUAUUCAUGAGAAGUUGUCUCUACAAACUGGAUCUAGUAAGCCCUGUUCUAAUGGCGAAGUUGCUACCACUGAGAUGAGUGCAGAUCAUGUCAUUCCCAAUACUAAAGACCGUAAUGAAGUCAUGAUGCAUGGAGAAGUUGGAUCUCCAGAAUCAAGAGGGAUAAGUAGAAAGCCUGGGGUAAAAGGUAGCUCUGUCACCAGUGGCAGUAUGCCAUUCUGUUUUGGACCAAGAGGUCAGGACAAUGGUUCCCUAAAGACUAUGAAGAUGCUUCCCUCUUUGGAAGGGAAUGAGCUGAGCAGAUUUAGCGAUCCUCCUGGAGAUGCCUCUUUAGAUGAUUUAUUUCAUCCAUUAGAUAAACACCCUAGAGACUCUGCAGCUGAGGCUUCCACAUCUGCAUCCACAUCACACAUGGCGAAUGAUAAUGCAUCUAUGAACAAUGGUGGAAAAAGUGACCUGGCUAAAGAGUUGAGGGAAACUAUUGCUCGGAAGCAGUGGGAGAAGGAGAUUGAAAUUGGGAAGGAAAAUGGUGGCGGGAAUCUUUUACGCUUGAUGAUGGGAGUCAUAAAAGAUGAUGUAAUCGAUAUAGAUGGUCUGGUUUUUGAUGAAAAAUUGCCUGGGGAAAACCUUUUCCCUUUGCAGGCUGUUGAGUUCAGCAAAUUAGUUGGGUCAUUGCGACCAGAGGAAUCAGAAGAUGUGGUUGUCACUGCAUGUCAGAAACUUAUCACUAUCUUUCACCAACGUCCAGAGCAGAAGAUUGUUUUUGUUACCCAGCAUGGUUUGCUUCCACUUACAGACUUGCUAGAAGUUCCUAGAACUCGUGUAAUAUGUUCUGUACUCCAGCUUGUAAAUCAAAUUAUCAAGGAUAAUACUGAUUUUCAAGAAAAUGCUUGUCUUGUUGGAUUGAUUCCCAUGGUGAUGAGCUUUGCAGGACCUGAUCGUCCACGAGAAAUUCGCAUGGAAGCAGCUUUUUUUUUGCAGCAGCUUUGUCAGUCAAGCUCUUUGACUUUGCAAAUGUUUAUAGCUUGCCGUGGAAUCCCAGUUUUAGUAGGAUUUCUGGAGGCUGAUUAUGCCAAGUACAGGGAAAUGGUACAUCUGGCUAUUGACGGCAUGUGGCAAGUCUUUAAGCUUCAGCGAUCAACCCCUAGAAAUGACUUUUGUCGAAUAGCUGCAAAGAAUGGAAUACUCCUGAGGCUUAUAAACACCCUUUAUAGCUUAAAUGAGGCAACACGACUAGCUUCUAUAUCUGUUGGGGUUGGAUUUCCAGUUGAUGGUUUGGCUCAACGUCCACGAUCUGGGCCCUUGGAUUCGACACAUCCUCUUAGCAUUCAGAAUGAUGCACUGCUGUCUUCAGCAGACCAGUUGGAUCUCCCUAAACUGAGGCAUGGGAUACUUGAUCAUCACUUGGACCCUUCACUUGCCUCAACCUCACAACCUCAAAGAUCAGAUGGUAAUUACUCUGUAGAGGUUGAUAGGCUUCAAUCUAGCAACGCAGCAGCUGAGUUUACGUCAGAAAAGAGUACAAAUGUAGCAUCCAAGGAACCUUCAAAGGAGAGGGACAACAUGGAUCGAUGGAAAAAUGAUUCUUCUCGAGCAGAUGUUGAACUUAGACAGCAGCGUAUUAGUAAUUCUGCUAGCAGGGCAUCAACAGAUAGGGCUUUGAAAUUGACAGAUCCUGCAUCAAAUGGAUUAUCACUGGCAGGAGCUACACAGCAAGAGCAGGUUAGGCCUCUUCUUAGCUUGUUAGAGAAAGAGCCUCCAUCUAGACAAAUAUCUGGUCAGCUUGAAUAUGUACGCCAGUUGUCAGGAUUAGAAAGGCAUGAAAGUGUACUCCCUUUACUACAUGCCUCUGAGAAGAAGACAAAUGGUGAGCUGGACUAUUUGAUGGCAGAAUUUGCAGAUGUUUCCCAACGUGGUAGAGAAAAUGGAAAUCUUGACAGUGGUGCUAGAGUGUCUUACAAAGCUGCUUCAAAGAAACCAGGGGCUUUAGGGUCUAAUGAAGGGGCUGCAUCCACAUCUGGGAUUGUAUCUCAGACAGCUUCAGGUGUGCUGUCUGGUUCAGGCGUCUUAAAUGCUAGACCAGGCAGUGCAACUUCAUCUGGGCUUCUUUCCCACAUGGUUUCAUCAUUGAAUGCUGAUGUUGCCAGGGAGUACCUGGAAAAAGUAGCAGAUCUUCUGCUUGAGUUUGCUCAAGCUGACACGACAGUGAAGUCUUAUAUGUGUAGCCAAAGCUUGCUCAGUCGUCUUUUCCAGAUGUUUAAUAGGGUGGAGCCUCCAAUUCUGUUAAAGAUACUGAAGUGUAUUAAUCAUCUGUCAACUGAUCCAAACUGCUUAGAGAAUCUGCAACGUGCUGAAGCAAUAAAAUACUUGAUACCAAAUCUGCAACUCAAAGAAGGGCCACUUAUAUCACAGAUGCAUCAUGAGGUCUUGAAUGCACUGUUCAAUUUAUGCAAGAUAAACAAGAGGAGACAAGAACAAGCUGCUGAAAAUGGGAUUAUUCCCCAUCUGAUGCAAUUUAUAACCUCAAAUUCUCCCUUGAAACAAUAUGCAUUGCCUCUACUGUGUGACAUGGCCCAUGCAUCUCGAAAUUCAAGGGAGCAGUUAAGGGCCCAUGGGGGUUUGGACGUCUAUUUGAACCUUCUUGAGGAUGAGAUUUGGUCAGUGACGGCAUUAGAUUCUAUUGCUGUUUGCUUGGCUCAUGAUAAUGACAAUAGGAAGGUUGAACAAGCAUUACUGAAAAAGGAUGCAGUGCAGAGGCUGGUCAAGUUCUUCCAGACCUGUCCAGAGCAGUAUUUUGUGCACAUAUUGGAGCCAUUCUUGAAAAUCAUCACAAAAUCUGUGCGGAUUAAUACCACAUUAGCUGUUAAUGGAUUAACUCCCUUACUGAUUGCAAGGCUUGAUCAUCGAGAUGCUAUAGCUCGUCUUAAUUUACUCAAACUUAUAAAGGCUGUUUAUGAGCACCACCCUCAGCCCAAGAAGUUGAUUGUGGAGAAUGAUUUGCCUCAGAAGCUACAGAGCUUGAUAGAGGAGAGAAGAGAUGGGCAAAGCUCGGGAGGCCAAGUGUUGGUCAAACAGAUGGCUACUUCUUUACUUAAAGCUCUACACAUAAACACCGUUUUGUAAAUUUGUGUUGUUGGUAUGUUCUCCCGUUUAUGUAUAUUUUUUGUUGGAUUCUCUCCCUGCCUUUUCCUCUCCACUUCUCAUCUAACCAUUUGGUUAAAUUUGGAUGAUUCGGUUUAGUAUUUUAUAAAAUUAUUUUUAAAAUGUUAAAAUGAUAAAAAAACAAAGUUCUCAAAUGAGUACAUUCAUAUAUUUAUCUUUUAUCAUUUGAUAUUGUAAUAAUAAUUUUAUAAUAUAUUAAAACUCAGCCAUUUAAAUUUAGUCAAAUGGUUGAGAAAAAAAGGGAAGGAGUAUGGAAGUGGAGAGGAUGUUUUCAGGUUAGUUGUAUAUAAAGUUUCCCCUGGCCCCCUCCACCUUCCAAAGUGCCCUUUGUGGUUCGAGUGAUGGGAGGGACAGGCUCAUUUUUGUUGUUUUCGAUCAAAAAUUAAACCGUCGUCUGAUUUCCUGGCUUCAGUGACGUUUUGGCAUCGAAUUAUAGUAUCCAUUUGUCGUA